AUGUCCAAGCCAUUCAGCCCUAAGCCAACCAAGUACGCCCUGGACGGCCGCGAAACCGACCUCCUACACUAUAUCUAUGCCCAAGACCUGAGCGCCCUAACAAACAACCCAACCAACCUCCUAUCAGCGAUAAACACCUACAGCACAACCACAAACCCCCUAAUGAACAUCGGCCCAGCAAAAGGCGCCUACAUUGAAGAACUCAUAAAUGCCCAAAAGGCGCCCCUAAUGAUUGAAUUAGGCGGGUACAUAGGCUACUCGGCGAUCCAAUUUGGCGCGGCAAUGCGCGCACACGGGGGCAAGUAUAUAAGCCUCGAGAUCAAUCCAGAGAUGGCAGCCGUUGCGAAUCAACUCAUUUCUCUUGCUGGGUUGAGUGAUACAGUUUCUGUUAUUGUGGGCACUGCCGCUGAGACUUUGCGUGGUCUUGUGUCUAGCAAGCAGGUUGAAGGAGUGAUCCCGAUGCUGUUUUUGGAUCACUGGCAGAGUGUUUAUCUGUCUGAUUUGAAGUUGCUGGAGGGACUUGGUGCCGUUGGGGUUGGGUCGGUUGUUCUUGCGGAUAAUGUUAUUUUCCCUGGUGCGCCGGAUUAUUUGGAGUGGGUGCAGGCGAGUUGUGAUGGGAAGAGGGGAUUGAACUUGAAAGAAAAGGAAGGGGAGAAGGGGGAUGCUGGGUUGGUUUAUGAGACUCACGUUACGGAGUUUGAGACUCAGUUUGGGAAGGAUGGGGUUGCUGUUACGAAGGUUGUGGGCAGGGAGGCCAUCUAG